CACACAGAGAGACAGGCACUCUUUCUUUCUACUUUCUCUCUCCCGAAUGUGUUUUUUCUCCCAACAAAAAUCUCCGAAUUUCCCUUCGAUUUCUCUCUCUUUUGCUUUCGAAAAUUCCAUAGGCGUGCUCGCCAAUGCUUGAUCUUUCGAUUAAAAGGAAUUUUGAGGGGGUGACGCUUGGAUUUUAAUUGUGUUUUUGAUUCGGCUCACGGGAAUUCGAGUUGAAGCAGGGAAAAUGCUGGAGGCAAUGGAGAGUUCAGUCAAUGGCGGUUUCUCGCAGUUGCAGAGCUGUGGGGAUAGCAGUGAGGAGGAGCUCUCGGUGCUCCCUCGUCACACGAAGGUGGUGGUGACUGGGAAUAACCGGACUAAGUCUGUUCUGGUGGGUCUAGAGGGUGUGGUGAAGAAGGCAGUUGGGCUUGGCGGAUGGCAUUGGCUGGUCCUUACCAAUGGAAUAGAGGUCAAGCUACAGAGGAAUGCACUUAGUGUGAUCGGAGCUCCAACUGGGAAUGAGGAAGAUGAUGACCUUGAUUUCGAAAACAUGCAGUGGAAUGGAUCUGAUAUGGCGUCGGAUGACACCCAGAAGUCCCAUAGAUCAAGGCAUAGAACACAUAAAUCAACCGGAUCAUCUCAUAAGACCAUGAGCAGGUCUCUCUCUUGUGACUCCCAAUCUAAGGGAUCUAUAUCCACUCCGCGUGGGUCCACGAAGGUUGACCUCAGCAAACUCGAGAUGGCUGCUUUAUGGAAAUAUUGGCGACAUUUCAAUCUUGUGGAUGCCAUCCCCAAUCCAUCAAAGGAGCAAUUAGUGGACAUUGUUCAGCAGCACUUCAUGUCACAGCAAAUGGACGAGUUGCAGGUCAUAGUGGGGUUUGUCCAGGCAGCCAAGAGACUGAAGACGGUGUGCAAAUGAGCUGGAGAAACAAACAACCGAUACAUCCUUGAGUUCAGUUAUGAAUGCUAACAGAUACUGGUAUCCUAAUGAAAGUCCC